AUGAAGGUUAUCUUUGGAAUUACUCUAACAAUUCUUUUAUUAUCGUUAAUCUCCCCUAUCGAUGCCACACCUAAUAAACUUAAACCACCCAAACCUGAUGCAUUUUGUAAAGCAUUAGGAGGUCGUGAUUCAGAUGGUUCUCAAAUUAAAACUGGCGCUUGCUCAAGUCUUGUACAGGGACAACUCCCAGCGAUUGAGCAUAUGACUUCCUCUUUAAUCCUUCAGCCUAAAAACGAACAAGUCUUGAAUGCUGGAACAAAUUUCAAAGUCGCAGUUAAAAUUAAUCAUCUUAACACAGGACACUUUAGCAAUCCGGACAAAGAAUACUAUCUUUUGCCACAAGCACUUGAUGAUGGGACAAUUAAGGGGCAUGCUCAUAUCGUCGUCCAAUCUUUGGGGUCAGAAGAUGAUGCUCCGGAUGCUAGGGAGUUUAGUUUUUUUAAAGGUUUAAAUGAAGCUGCUGACAAAGGCGUGCUUAGUGUAGUCGUUGACGAAAAAUUAUCCCCUGGUAGAUAUAGAAUUUGUAGCAUGUCUUCAUCAGAAUCUCAUCAGCCAGUUAUUAUGCCAGUUGCUAAACGCGGUUCUCAAGAUGAUUGUAUCCGUGUUACUGUAAAAUCAUCGAGAAAUAGGAAACACUCAAAAGCUAAACGCCCAUAA